AUGGACAUAAGUCAUGAUAUUGAAGAAGAUAACGUAGCCGCACUCUAUGAAGCCUCACAUAAAGGGUGUGAAAGCACUUUGAACUCGUUGAUGCAAAGGGACGCUCUCAUUCUUAACAAAAUUUCAUUGACGUCCUUCAUCGACACGCCCUUACAUAUAGCAGUUCUGCAUGGUCACCUAGAAUUCACUGCAGCUUUACUCAGGAAGAAACCUAAUCUCGCUGGCCGUAAGGACUCGCGGGGUCGAACUGCCCUUCACUUGGCUUCUGCGGAGGGCCACGCCGAGAUUGUGAGAGAAUUGCUGCCAGCAGAUAUAGAUGUUUGCCUGGCUCGUGAUCAAGAUGGGAGAAUUCCUCUCCACUUAGCUGUGAUGAGAGGACACAUCGAGGUAAUAGAAAAGUUGCUUAAUUCCAAACCGAACUCGAUCUUGGAGGAUCUUGAUGGAGCCAGUGUUUUGCACUUGUGUGUUAAAUAUAACUGUUUGGAUGCUCUGAAAUUGCUAGUGGAAUCUGCUGAUAACAAUGGAUAUUCCCUCAACUCCAAAGACAAUGAUGGUAACUCCAUAUUGCAUUUAGCUGUGAUGCUCGGGCAAACGGAGGUAGGUUAA